UCCUUAACACUCAAACAACAGAAGAAGAAGUUCUUCCGUGUGAAAAUGGAUCCUCUACAUGUGCUUGUUUAUUUUCGCCAAAAACUGUUGUUUUCGAAUUAUUUCAUAUCUCGUUGGUUGGAAAUAGCGUAGCAUAAAUUUAGCUGCUUAUUUUGCUGAGCGUCAGCGUCGUGUCAUUUUUUUGAGGGUGUCACUAAAACGUCACCUACGAAAAAGUCCUUGUUUUUUAUUGUCUAUAAAGCAUGGAGAUAGCAGAUCGGGAUUUUCUCAACACUCCCCCUUUAAAAACAGUCAGGUUUGGCGGUAGCGUUGUGGAAACGUUAUCGAAGUAUAAGCGGGGAGAGUUCAACGACUAUGAACUGCUGAAGCAUCAACUGGCUGAUCCUGAGAUAAAGGAUGCUCAGAUCAUCACGUGGCUCCAAGAAUUCAGGAAUUGUGUAUCUCAGCUCACAAAAGACCAUGAACAACUCAUCUAUACGAUAUUGAGGCUUCCCUGGGUGGGUCGGAGCCAGGCUGUUGUGGAGGAGUACAUGGCCUUCCUCAGUAACCUGGUGUCUGCACAGACCGUCUACCUGUGUGCGUGUCUCAAAAUGGUGGUGUCCCACUUCACGCCUAAGCGAGUGACCAUCAGUGAAGGAGGAGUGGAUAUCUCUGAUUCAGAUGAUGAAGAUGAGAAUCUCCCCAGAAAUUUCAACCAGUGUCACCAGGCCUUGCAGCUCAUCACUAGAUAUGUCCCAUCCACGAGUCACUUUCUGCUGCCCAUCCUACAAGGCCACUUUCCUUUUGUACAGAAGUCCUCCAGGACACUGGAGUGUUACGUCCACAACCUCCUGAGAGUGACGGUGUACAUACCCGCCAUUCGACGAGACGUAUUGGAGGUCAUCGUUGGACAGAUGCUUAAACUGGAUGUGGGUGCAUCACGCUCGGAUAUUGAAGAGGCUGAAGAGAAUGCACAACAAAGGCACAAGGCAGACACAUUUGCUGAGGAGGCCCUCUUUGAAAUGGAUGAGGACCUGCCAACAGGUCAGCCUCCUGGUUUGGGGGUGAUGGCUCACCCAGUGGCUGAGAGGCUGGACGCCCUCAUGACGGUGCUGUUGGCCUACAUCAAAGAUGUCUGCUACAUAAAUGGUAGUCUCCAUAUAGACAGGACCAAGGAGAUGUACAGAGACUUCUUGAAUGUGUUUGACAAGCUCAUUCUCCCCACGCAUGCCUCCAGUCAUGUCCAGUACACACUCUUUUAUCUCUGCAGCUUCAAACUGGCCCUGGCUGAGGCCUUUUUGGAGCACCUGUGGAAAAUCCUGCAGAAUCCAACGCAGCCUGCUGUCCUGCGGCAGGCCGCUGCCGGCUACAUGGGGAGCUUCCUGGCCCGAGCCAAGUUCAUCCCAGUGCUCACAGUGCGGGCGUGUCUGGACCUGCUGAUCUCCUGGAUCCAUCGCUACAUCGACGGACAGGACGGCAGUGGUCGUCAGGCUUGUUGCGAUGUCAACCUUCACGGAGCGUUCUACACCGCCUGCCAGGCUGUCUUUUACACACUCAUUUUCAGACAUGGAGCCUUGCUUGCAGGAAACACGAAGAAAGGCUUGGAGUAUCUCCAGGGUUUCAACCUGGAGAGGGUGGUGAUGUGUCAGCUAAACCCACUCAAAGUGUGCCUCCCGGCUGUCACCACCAUGUUUGCAGCCAUUACCAGGAAGUACCAGCUGGUGUUCUGUUACACCAUCAUAGAGCGGAACAACCGCCACCUGCUGCCGGUGGUGCACAGCUCUGUAGGAGGAGACAGCGUGGGCACCAACACCAACCCCCUGGAUUGCUUCUUUCCAUACGACCCCUAUCUGCUUAAAAGGUCGGGUCACCUGAUUGAACCCCUCUACCAGGUGUGGGUGGAGUCAGCAGACUCUGAGCUGGCGACGACCAAAACAGACCAGCAGGGUUCCAAAGAGGACGAGUAUGACUUCCUGCAUGGGGAAACCCCCCAGGGUGACGGCAUUGUGGGAAUGACACCCAGUUCAUUGGACUCAAACCCCAGCAACCCCUGCAGUGUUGGUUCACCACCCAUCUCUUUCCAAAGACAUUGUUAGUGCAGCAUGGUGUACUGUACGUACAGUACUCAUCACUGGCUGAUUGGAACAUUGAUACGUUUCGUAUAUUUGCAUAUACGUCACAGUGUGGGCCACGCAUCCCAUUUUUAAACGCACGCAAAAAAAAAAUAAAAAGAUCAGUUCCAGUUUGUUCCUAAAAAAUAAGAAACCUACAUGAAUACAUUUGUGUCACCGUCAGACCCAAAUAUUCCCACUAGUUGUUUGAAGUUGUCAGUCAUACACAGACAUUAAUGUGUAUUCUUAGGGUUGCCUCAUGUUUUGGCCUUUUUCUGGUAUGCAGCUGCUGUUUAUGAAAAAGAUUCAAAUGUUGGCUCUUGGUUAGUAAAGACUUUACACUA